AUGGCAGACAAUGACACACCCGACCGAUCAUCACUCCAAUUGAAGAAAGACAUCGCGACUGCCGAGCAUGAUGAGAAUGUUGGUGCGAUCGAGUCGACCCCCGAUGUGGCCUAUGGCUUCCACGCAGUAUACCCUCGUUCCGAAUCUGCAUUCGGAAAGGGCCUGAUGACAGGAAUGUUGCUGCUGGGUGCAUUUGUCGGCUGUCUCUUCAUGUCCUACCUAGCAGAUCGCAUCUCGAGAAAGUGGGCCAUCACAGUUGUCGUGGUGAUCUUCGACAUCGGCGCUAUUCUACAGACUGCAGCCGUGAAUUACGACAUGCUAGUUGCUGGCCGCUUUAUUGGCGGUAUUGGCGUGGGCACUCUGGCCAUGGGUGCACCCCUCUACAUCUCCGAAACCUCACCCCCCGAACUUCGCGGAACCCUCCUGGUCCUCGAAUCCAUUUCCAUCACCCUCGGCGUCGUCAUCGCCUACUGGAUCACCUACGCGACACGCUACAUCCCCAGCGAAGCCUCCUUCCGCCUCCCCUUCGGCCUCCAAAUGGUGACCGCCACCCUCCUCGGCAUUGGAAUUCACCUCUACCCCUACUCUCCGCGCUGGCUCGCCCUCGUCGACCGCCAAGACGACUGUCUCUCCAGCCUCUCCAAACUCCGGGGCCUGCCACGCACCGACCCCCGCAUCCAGGCCGAAUUCCGCACCAUUGUCUCCGAAGUCACCUACCAGCGUCUGGUCCAGGAGCGCCGUCAUUUCGGCGCUACGGGCCUAAAACUCGAGCUCGUCUCCUGGCUGGACCUCUUCUCCCGAAGUACCUGGAAACGCGUCGCUGUGGCCUGCGGCGUGGGGUUCUUCCAACAGUUCUCGGGGAUCAAUGCGUUCAUCUACUACGCGCCGACACUCUUCCAAUCCCUAGGGCAGUCGGAUAGCAUGUCCACCAUUCUUUCUGGCGUGUUCAAUGUCAUCCAGGCUGUGGCGGCAGUGAUAUGCGCGUUCAUUAUCGAGGGAGUUGGACGCCGCGCACUAGCCAUUUAUGGUGCCUUUGGAAUGGCCGUGGCUUACAUCAUCAUUGCUAUCUUGUCCGGGCUGUAUUCAGAUGACUGGGCAGGACAUGUAGCAGCGGGCUGGGCCUGCGUGGCCAUGGCAUUUGUGUUCAUUUUGGUCUACGGCGUGUCGUAUUCGCCGUUGGGGUGGGCCCUGCCGGCGGAAGUGUUUCCUAAUGCGUCGCGGUCGAAGGGCGUUGCGUUGGCGACGUGCACUAUCUGGCUGUCGGAUUUUAUUGUCGGAGUGGUGACACCCUCCAUGUUGUCGGAUAUCGGGUACAGAACGUAUGUGUUUUUCGCGGUGAUGUGUACGUUGGCUGGGGUGUGGGCGGUGCUGUUGGUGCCGGAGACGAGCGGGAAGACGUUGGAGGAGAUUGAUGGGUUGUUUGGGGAUGCGGGGGCUAGGGCGGAGAGGGAGAUUGUUAGGGAUGCGAUGGUGUCGGCGGGGGAUUUAAGGGGUGUUUAG